AUGCGUCUUAGCCCCGCCUUCGGUCCCCUACUCCUGGCCGUGGUGGUCGCGACGAAGCCCAUCCUCGUCGACCGCUCGCCGAUCUCGUUCGAGCUGACGCGGAAGCUGAACGUGACGAGCGGCCACAACCUGGUGCAGGCGGGCAAGCAGCGCGUGCAGAAGCUCAAGGCCCUGGCUCUCAAGAAGGAGGGUCAGGCCGUCGAUGAGGGCCUCAUUGACGAGCCUGUCACCAACGAGGCGGUCAUCUACAGCGCGGAUGUUGGUGUUGGCGCGGAUGCGACGAAGUACAGCCUCAUUGUCGACACUGGUAGCUCGAACACCUGGGUCGGUGCCGACAAGAAAUACUCCAAGUCUUCGACGUCCAAGGACACUGGAUCCGGUGUUUCCGUCAGCUAUGGAUCGGGUUACUUCUCCGGCGAGGAGUACACCGACAAGGUCACCAUCACCAGCGACCUUGUCAUCGACUCGCAGUCCAUCGGUGUCGCCGAUACCUCGUCUGGCUUCACCGGCUAUGAUGGCAUUCUCGGCAUCGGGCCCACUAGCCUAACGCAGGGCACCCUCGAGAACUCCAACGACGAGAUCCCGACCGUCGUCGACUCCGCCUUCAAGCAGGGGCUCAUCGACGACCAGGUCAUCAGCGUCUACUUCCAGCCCACCACUAAGGAGGAGGACCAGAAUGGAGAGCUCAUCUGGGGCGGUGUCGAUGACUCCAAGCACACCGGUGACAUCAAGUACACCCCCGUGACCAAGACUUCCCCGGCCUCCAACUACUGGGGCAUCGACCAGUCGAUCAAGUACGGCGACACCGUUAUUCUUAAGAAGAACGCUGGCAUCACCGACACCGGUACGACCCUCCUAUACCUCGCGAGCGACGCCUACAAGGCGUACGCGAAGGCGACCGGCGCGAAGGUCGACAACAGUGUCGGUCUGCUCAGCAUCACGAAGGACCAGUUCUCGAAGCUCAAGAGCCUGUUCUUCAACAUCGGUGAUGACACCUACGAGUUCACCGCGAACGCACAGAUCUGGCCGCGCGCUCUGAACAGCGUUAUCGGCGGCAGCGACGACGCGAUCUAUCUUGUCGUCGCCGACAUUGGCACCCCGUCCGGCCAGGGCCUCGACUUCAUCAACGGCUACGCGUUCCUCGAGCGCUUCUAUACCGUGUACGACAGCGGCAAGGGCCAGAUUGGCUUCGCCACCACGGAGUACACCGACGCAGAGACGAACUAA